CACGGAUCACCCUCCAUACCCAUGUGUGGGCGGUGUUGUGUGGAGCCACGCCUCCACUGGUGUUGCUGCUGCUGCUGCUGCUGCUGCGGGACUGAAGCUGAAUCUGCCCGCUUGUUCUCAGCCAGCAGAAGCGGCGAUCGCGACCGGAGUGUGUGAUCGCUCUCCGGGAGAGCAUCGAUGUGCAAAACCCCUGGAUUAUCCGUGCGCUGGAGAGGCCAGAACCGACCAUCGUGGGCGACUAUCUUCAACUAGUCGUGAAAAGGGAAAGAGCCACGGGAAAAGCAUGGCGGUAGAAGAGGAAGGUCUGCGGGUUUUCCAGAGCGUUAAAAUAAAAAUAGGAGAAGCAAAAAACCUCCCUCCAUACCCGGGGCCAAACAGGAUGAGGGACUGCUACUGCACCGUCAACCUGGACCAAGAAGAGGUCUUCAGGACCAAGAUCAUAGAGAAGUCCCUUUGUCCGUUCUACGGGGAGGACUUUUAUUGUGAGAUUCCACGUAGCUUCAGACACCUCUCCUUCUACAUCUUCGACAGGGAUGUCUUCAGGAGGGACUCCAGUAUCGGCAAGGUUGCAGUGAAGAAAGAAGACCUGCAGAAAUAUCACGGCAAAGACACCUGGUUCCAGCUACAACCUGUCAGUGCUGACUCAGAAGUGCAGGGGAAAGUGCACCUGGAGCUGCGACUGAGUGAAGUCAUCACAGACAGUGGGGUCAUCAACCAUAAACUAGCCACACGGGUUUUGGAGUGCCAAGGUCUUCCAAUCGUCAACGGCCAGUGUGAUCCCUACGCUGCUGUCUCCUUACUAGGACCUUCAAGGUCGGAAGCCAAGAAGACAAAAGUCAAGAGGAAAACCAACAAUCCACAGUUUGAGGAGGUUUUCUAUUUUGAGGUGACGCGGCCAUUAAGCUACACAAAGCGGCAGUUUGAUGUUGAGGAAGAGAAUGUUGACAAGCUGGCACUGAGGGUGGAUCUGUGGAACGCCAGCAACCUGAAGUUCGGGGAUGAGUUCCUGGGAGGGGUGCGAGUUCCUCUGCGAGUGUUGAGUCAGGCCGGUGUCCAUGACGCAUGGUACUAUCUCCAGCCCAGGGAGAACGGGGGGAAGUCAGUGAAGGUCGAGGAGCUCGGCUCUCUGCGUCUGAACAUCGUUUACACCGAGGACCACGUGUUCCCCUCUGAACACUACAGCCCCCUCAGAGAUCUCCUGCUGCACUCUGCUAAUGUAGCGCCUGUGUCGGCGUCCCCAGCUCACACUCUGGGCGAGGUGUGUCGAGAGAAACAAGAAGCCGCCAUUCCCCUCGUGCGUUUGUUUCUCCACUACGGCAAGAUUGUGCCUUUCAUCAGCACCAUCGCUCACGCCGAAGUCAACCGCACACAGGAUCCUAACACCAUUUUUCGGGGAAACUCCCUGACGUCCAAGUGCAUUGACGAGACCAUGAAGCUGGCAGGAAUGCACUAUCUGCAAGUGACACUCAAACCCAUCAUAGAUGAGAUCUGCACAGAACACAAAUCCUGUGAAAUCGACCCGGUUAAGCUCAAAGAAUCGGAGAACCUGGACACGAACAGGGAAAAUCUUCGUCACUAUGUGGACCGUAUCUUCAACGUUAUCACCACCUCCGGCGUUCGCUGUCCCACUGUCAUGUGUGAUAUCUUCUUCUCUUUGAGAGAGUCCGCUGCCACCCGUUUCCAAGUUGACCAAGAUGUCCGAUACACAGCAGUGAGCAGUUUUAUUUUCCUGCGUUUCUUUGCUCCGGCCAUCCUCUCCCCCAACUUGUUCCAUCUACGGCCGCACCAUCCAGAUCCCGCCACCUCUCGAACCCUCACCCUCAUCUCCAAGACGAUCCAGACCCUGGGAAGUCUCGCCAAGUCUAAAUCUGCCAAUUUCAAAGAGUCUUACAUGGCUGCAUUUUACGACUACUUCAAUGAGCAGAAAUAUGCGGACGCUGUGAAGAAUUUCCUGGACCUGAUCUCCACCUCAGGCAAAUGGGAUCAGAGGAGUAUUGAAACACCAAUCAUGCUCAAAGAGGGAUUUAUGAUAAAGCGGGCUCAAGGGAGAAACCGUUUUGGAAUGAAGAACUUCAAGAAGAGAUGGUUUCGCCUCACCAAUCACGAGUUUACCUACCACAAGACCAAAGGGGAGAGCGCUCUCUGCAGCAUUCCUAUAGAGAACAUUUUGGCUGUAGAACGGCUAGAGGAGGAGUCUUUCAAGAUGAAAAAUAUGUUCCAGGUUAUUCAGCCGGAGCGGGCGCUCUACAUCCAAGCCAACAACUGCGUCGAGGCUCGCGACUGGAUCGACAUCCUGACCAAAGUCAGCCAGUGCAACCGCAAACGCCUAAGCACCUACCACCCGUCAGCCUACCUCAACGGCCACUGGCUCUGCUGCAAGUUCUCAGUGGACACGGCCUCUGGGUGUACGCCCUGCACUGGCGGCCUCCCUGCAAACAUCCAGCUGGACGUCGAUGGAGACAGAGAGACCGAGAGGAUUUAUUCCCUGUUCAGCACAUACAUGACCAAACUGAUGAAGAUGCAAGAGGCCUGCGGCAGCAAAUCUGUGUACGACGGACCCGAACAGGAGGAGUACUCCAGCUUUGUCAUCGAUGACCCGCAGGAGACCUACAAAACCCUGAAGCUGAUUGUUUCAGUUGUGCAGACCUUGGAGCAGCAGCACACCAAGUACAAACGUGACAAGUUCAAGAAGACAAAGAUAGGCAGCGAGGAGCAUCCGAUUGGAGACAAGAGUUUUCAGUGCUACAUACGCCAGCAGUCUGAGAGCUCCACCUACUCCAUCUAGCCCUGUGUACUGUUUCUACAUGCCUAGAACCAGCAGUUUUCUUUCCUGGGAAAAACGUCCAUCUUGCCAAUGCUCCAUUUCUAGUAUUGAGUUUAAAGCUUUAUUUUUCUUCAAAACAAGAUUUUAAAAAGUCAUCAAGGUGAGAUCAUUUCACUUAUUUCCAAAGCAAUGUGUCCAUGCUUCACUUAAAAAAAAAGACUUUUCAGGAAGCAGCAUGCUGUUUUGGAAACAAGUGUCACCUGACUGGCUUAUUUGUCUAGUUUUAGGAAAAUAUAGGAGUUUUAACUGUCCAUACCAGACUAACGGGCUGUGGAGAUGGACAGUUUUUUCUGCAGUGUCUCAAGAUGCAUCCCUCCAAAUUUGGAGAACAAACCUCAGAUCAGCAUAAAAAAUAGAGGAACAGUUGUGGAGAAAAGGAUGGAUACGAAUUAAGACACAAUCAUACCGGACAUCUACGUGGGUCUCCUGUCUGUGAUGUGACGAGAGAACAAGCCAACGUUUUCACUGGACAGUUUUUGACAGUGACCAACACGCACUUUAAUGGCCUCCGCAUCUCUGGAUGAACGAGCAUCGCAGCACACGUUCAAAAGCUUAGUUUAUCUGUUUGAUUUGUAUUUGGUUAUGAUAAUGGUUAUGUCGAUAUGUUCCAUUGUCUUUCACUCCAGAAGGAAGACAGGACUGUACAUUCCACCUUCAGGUGGCGUUUUUGCUGUUUCUUUGUCCCCCAACCUCCUCAGGAAGGUUGUGAAGGUCGAGGGCACAGAAGAAGAAGAAGAAUUUCAAUUUCAUCCCUCAUUUUUAAUCCUCAUCAACAAUGUUCUAACAGAUGUUUAGGCUCACGUGUUCACGUUUCUUUUGAAGCCUUGUUCUGUUGUGAUUGGAUGUCAUGCUCCUUUGUUCAAAGUACCUGGGUUGAAGGAAUAGCUCCUUUUUUUUGCAGUCAUAAAAACCCAUGGAUGCCUUUUUUUUUUUUUUACCUCUGGGUGUCGAGUUUGCAGCUUCUCUUUUAAGUCAGACAAAUCUUCAUCUGAACCAAGAAGUUCGAGGAUGACUUCAGAACUAGUUUCUGUUGAAAUCAGGGCCACACCGGGCCGCGUGCUGUCGGGCUCUGUUGACUCCCGCAAUCUGUGAAUUGUGAAUUUGUGCAUGAGCAAAACAAUACUCAGCAAAAUGCAUUGUGUAACCACAAUGUCAACUGAAAUAAUAGUGUGCUAGCAAUAUACACUCACUGGCCACUUCAUUAGGUGCACCGGUAAAAUCGAUUGCAAUUCAGCUCCAUAAUAAGGAAAUGUGUCGUUAAUUUAAAGGUGGUGUGAUUCUGGUAAACAUUGAGGGGUGUCCUUCUUAUUUCCAGCACGGCAGUAAUUGAGUUGGGCAGAAUAUAAGAACAGGGUUAAUAUAAUGUAGUCCGGAACUGAUAUAACGUAGCACCUCUAACAGUGUAAAAAGAAAAUACCCUGGAUGUUAUUGGCAUUAUAAAAGGUAUACUUUAUGGCAGGACAGUGGUGUAUGACUGCAUUAGACUGUUCAGGUCAAGUCAGUUUGAUUUAUAUUUAUACAUUUAAUAACAACUCUGCCUCUGAUGUACAUAAUGAAGUGACCAAUGAGUGUAUAUGGAAUAUAGAUUGUAUAAUGGAAUAAUAAACACAUUUUGUAAUUGGAUUACAAAACACAAACAAAUUGCCACAUGUGAACCAAGAGCUCUCGGAGCCCCUGUGAGCCCGAGGGCAGUUGCCCAUUUUGCCCAGUCCAACCUUGGCUGAAAGUCACGUGCAUCCAUGGUGCAUUUCAGUUUUCAGUUGUAGGUUCAUGUGAAUGGAAAACAGUGUAUUUUGCUACUUUUAAGGGGUGCCAAUAUUUGUUCCCGACAUCCAGUAGUUGAGCAUCCGCCUCAAGAAUUCAACCAUCCACUCAACACUCCCUUAAACUGCAUGAGAAAAAGGCAGUAAAGCCAAACUAUCCUUUCCCCCAUCACAAAGCAGAAACUACGUGUUAGCACAGCUCCUAAACAAGGAAGUUAUUUUGCUUUUAACAGAUAUACUAACAUUUUAACCAGUCUUGUCUCAAUGAUUGUGAAAUGGAUAACGUGUUACUGGUUGUGUUGCACUGUUGGCUGCCUAUUGUAGUUUUUCCGUUUUCUGAGUUAUCUCCGUCUUACUUUGGAAAUAGCGACGUCCUGUAGUUUUCAACCUAUUUAAAUGCAUUCCUCUAAGAAAGAUACCUGCUGUGAAUCUCACCGGUCGGCACCACGAAGCGGUCGCAGGUACAGGAUUUUAUUGUUGUUAACCAGUUGUGUUGUUGUACGCCUGCCAAAGGCAACCACUCUCAUCAGCAUUCAUAUUCAACAGCACUCACUCUCGCCAAAACCAGUGCAUGUGAAGUAUAAUCUGGAGUCACAGCGACGGUGGCCUCAGUAACUUCGGUGCUACCAGGUGACUACAAACCUCUUCAGAUUUUGUAUUUUCCAAAACUAUGUACCUGGUUAUGUAGCCUCAUGGGUGUUACCGUGAUCACAGGAUCCCAAACAGUGCCAGUCAUCACUUUUAUAACAUUUCCUUUAUGAAAAACAAACACACACAAAAUUAAUUGUUUAGAUAUGUUUUUAUAUAUAUAUAUAUAUAUAUAAAUAAAUAUAUGUCUCAAAACCUAUACUGUUUCAAAAACAGAUGAGCAAUUAUUCCGAUGAUGUCUUUUUCUCUGUCAAAUGUGUUGAUUGAAGAGCUAUAAUGAAAGUAUUCAAUUGUUCUCUGACUGUUUUAUAAUUAUGUCUUGUCAUACAAAAAUCUGGCUGUGUAACUGAAUCGAAUGGCUGAGGUAUGUGUGUGUCUGUUUUGUGUUUAUGUGCGUGUUUGUGCGUUUGUCAGUGUGUGCAUGAGUGACUGCGAUGACGGGUUGUAUUGCCAAUUGAAUUUCCCUAUUGUUCCAGGCCACUUGUUAAAAAAAGAGAAACUCACUGCCUGUAUUUCUUCUAAAGACUCGUGUGGAAACACUGUUACUGUACUCUGGCCUGAUAUGGUGCGUCUCUUUCCUUUUAUAGAACCACUGUUCCAUCUCAAGGAACCUUCGCCAAUAUAAUCUCCCCACUCAUUUUAAAACUGUAACACAGUAAUCACAUGUAUGACACAUUUAGGAGAGCAGUGUUGCUGUGACCUCUGAACUUUGGUGAGUGUUUGCUUCCACCAGGUACUGACUCUCCUCAGGUUUAUGAAACUCUGCAGCACUGCAUGUUUGUAUUUUUGUAAUUGUUUGCCAAGAUUGAGGAGACCUAGACUUAAGCAUAAACCACCAAGCAGCUCUGUCUCUCAUCCCUAACUUGAUAAUCAUAUUUAUUAUAAUUUUCAGUGAAACCUUCCCGGAAACAUGUCCUGAAUUGGUGCGGUAAUGACAGUUACAGUAACAGCAACUCCUCCACCCAGAAGCCCACAAAGGAAUGACUUGUGCAAUAAUAGUGUUUCAGCAUGCAAUAAUAGUAACAACCCCUCAAUAGGACCGCCAAAUUAUCAACGCACAUCUGCUGACCCUUUUCAGUGAAAUCUUUCUUCAGAUAAACACAUGUUAUAAAGGGAGAACAGUGUAUUUUGAACAAAUAUUUUCAAAGUAUUAAAAAUAAGCCUGUUAAAUGUGUACAUAAAACAGUUGAAUGAAUGGUGAAAAUGUGAUGUUUUUUCCCCCUGAAUAACUAAAUGAAACCAAUAUUAAUGAAAAUGUGGUGUCUGUGUCUUUUUUUAUAUUUAAAAAACAGUGCAGUCUGCCUUUAAACUACUAGAGUACAGUCAUGGUCACAGUCUGACUCCGUGUCCAGAUGCCCCACGACUCUUAGUGGGGACUGAAGCGAGUGAGUCUGGCCUUUAAAGACUCAGGCAUUGGGAUUUUUGGGGGUCACUGUUUCUUCGUCCGUCUUUGUUUUCCCUCUGGUGCUUUGGAGGAUUUCGUUUUCUGGGGCUUUGCGUUGUUUCAUACAUGCUUUAGUGUUUCCUGCACCUCAUGGUUGUUGUCUGGUUGUACUCCUUUGUGUGUUUUCCCGCCUUUGUGAUCGUCUGCCCAGCUACCUGAUUAACUUCAGCUGUCGCUCGUUGACACUGUCCUUCCUUUUGUGUACGUCUUUUUUGUUUCAUCUUUUGAGUUCAUGCCUUUUUUUUCUUUGUGUUUUUUGUUUUGUAGUGUUCAGGUUUCCCUGAGUUUUGUAUUUACCUGCCGCCGGCUCUCCCCUGGACUCUCAUGUUGUAACAGAGUCAAUAAAUCCUUGAACUUUU